UAUUUUGCAGAAGAUGAUGUGGAGAUGGUGCCCAGAACAAGUCACACAGCAGCUUUCCUUAGUGACACGAAAGAUCGAGGUCCUCCAUCACAUUCACAUACCUGGAGAAGUGGUGAUAAGUUUUCCUUUGGACAGACGCAGUCCUUGAGGGCAUUUGAAAAGCCGCCUCAGGUGCAGACCCAAGCCCUUCGAGACUUUGAGAAGCACCUUAAUGACCUGAAGAAGGAGAACUUCAGCCUCAAGCUGCGCAUCUACUUCCUGGAGGAGCGCAUGCAGCAGAAGUAUGAGGCCAGCAGGGAAGAUGUCUACAAGCGGAACAUUGAGCUGAAGGUUGAAGUAGAGAGCCUGAAACGAGAACUCCAGGACAAGAAGCAAGAUCUGGAUAAAACAUGGGCUGAUGUGGAGACUCUAAACAGCCACAAUGAAGCAGAGCUCCGGCGCCAGUUUGAAGAGAGACAGCAGGAGACAGAGCAUGUUUAUGAGCUCUUGGAGAAUAAGAUCCAGCUUCUGCAAGAGGAAUCCAGGCUAGCAAAGAAUGAAGCUGCUCGGAUGGCAGCUCUGGUGGAAGCAGAGAAAGAGUGUAACCUGGAACUCUCAGAGAAACUGAAAGAUGUCACCAAGGACAGGGAAGAUGUGCCUGGAGACCAGCUCAAGCAUGACCAGUGCACAGAGGCUCUGGCUGAGAGAGACAAGUAAGUACCAUGGGUGUUCUAUUCAUCACUUGCCUUUGCCUGUUCU